AUGAGCAUAUUCAUAACUAGGAGUUCACCUAGGAUAAUAAGAUCUAGUAUAAGAUCACCAAUUUUAAAUUCCACUAAAAGAUCUUUAACUCAAAAAAUACCCAAAAAUUCAUCAUCAUCGGAUUCAUGGGCUUUUAGACAUAAUGUUAAGAAAUAUAUCACUUUAGGUAUAUUAGGUGCAGGAACUUUAGGAUUUUUCACAAAUGAUACAUUCCAUGAUGGAGUGAAACAUACUUAUUUAACAGCUGGUAGAGUUUCAGUGGUUACUUGGGCUACUUUACAAUGUUUUUAUCAUUAUAAUAAAGUUCUUAAUACAUCAUCAGAUGAUAAAAUUAAAUAUUAUGAUGAAUUAUCAAAAUGUCAUUUAAAAUGUGCUAAAAUUACAUUGAAGGCACUUGAAAGAAAUGGUGGGAUUUAUAUUAAAUUAGGUCAACAUAUUAGUGCUAUGACUUAUUUAUUACCAAAAGAAUGGACUGAUACUAUGAUUCCAUUACAAGAUAAAUGUCCUGAAUCAACUUUUGAAGAAAUUAAUGAAUUAUUUGAAAAAGAUUUGAAUAAAUCAAUUGAUGAAAUUUUUUCAGAUUUUGAUAAAACUCCAAUUGGUGUUGCUUCUUUAGCUCAAGUUCAUAUUGGUACUUUGAAAGCUACAGGUGAAAAAGUUGCAGUUAAAUGUCAACAUCCUUCAUUAAAACAAUUUGUUCCAUUAGAUAUCUAUUUAACUCAAAGUGUUUUCAAAGCUUUGGAUAAAGUUUUCCCUGAUUAUCCAUUGGUUUGGUUAGGUGAAGAAUUACAAUCUUCUAUUUAUGUUGAAUUAAAUUUUAAUAAAGAAGCUGAAAAUGCAAUUAAAUCAUCUGAAUAUUUUGAAAAUUUCCAAAGUGAAACUGCAUUAAGAAUCCCUAAAAUUAUUUCUUCAACAAAUAGAAUUUUAAUUAUGGAAUUUAUUGGUGGUUCAAGAUUAGAUGAUAUAAAAUUUAUGGAAAAAAAUAAUAUUUCACGUUCUGAAGUUUCAUCAUGUUUAUCUCAUAUUUUCAAUAACAUGAUUUUUACACCAGGUGUUGGUGUUCAUUGUGAUCCUCAUGGAGGGAAUUUAGCAAUUAGACCAAAACCACAAAAUGAUUCUAAUCCUGAUAAUACUCAUAAUUUUGAAAUUAUUCUUUAUGAUCAUGGACUUUAUAGAGAUGUUUCAACUCAAAUGAGAAGAGAUUAUGCACAUUUUUGGUUAGCUUUAUUAGAUAAAGAUCAUGAAAAAAUGAAGAAAUAUGCUGCAAAAUUUGCUGGUAUUAAUGAAGAACAAUUCCCAUUAUUUGCUGCUGCAAUAACUGGUAGAGAUAUUAAUACUGCUUUGAAUUAUGAUAUAACUAAAAUUAGAUCUCCUCAAGAAAUUGAUAAUAUGAAGAGUGCACUUUCUGGUGGUGAAAUGUUAACUGAAUUAAUGAAAAUUUUAUCAAAAAUUCCAAGAGUUGUUUUAUUAAUUUUGAAAACAAAUGAUUUAACAAGACAUCUUGAUGAAACUUUACAAAAUCCUUUAGGACCUGAAAGAACUUUUUUAAUUUUAUCUCAAUAUUGUGCUAAAACAACUUAUAAUGAAGAACGUGAAUUGGCUAAAAGAAAUGGUUUUUUCAAGAAAUGGAUUUCUUAUUUUAAAGCUUGGUUUAAAUAUCAAGAAAGAUGGAGUCAAUUAUUUGCAUAUGAUUGUAUAAUGUUGUUCAAAAAUUGGAUAAAAUAA